GUAUCAGAAGGAAUAUAGCGAGCUGAAACGUCAGCAGCUGGAGCUGGAUGAUGAGCUGAGGAGUGUGGACAACCAGAUGAGAUUCGCCCAAUUCCAGCUCGAUAAACUAAAGAAAACCAACGUCUUUAACGCCACGUUUCACAUCUGGCAUAGCGGUCAGUUCGGUACCAUCAAUAACUUCCGCCUGGGCCGUCUUCCCAGUGUCCCCGUGGAGUGGAAUGAGAUCAAUGCAGCUUGGGGACAGACGGUUCUGCUCUUACAUUCCCUCGCCAACAAGAUGGGGCUCGAGUUCCAGAGGUUUUGGGUUAACCCUUUUAGUCCACACUCGGGAAUACAGUCUCUUACCUUGUCUACGCAGGAGCUCCCCCUUUACUGUUCAGGAGGUUUAAGAUUUUUCUGGGACAACAAAUUUGACCACGCAAUGGUGGCAUUUCUGGACUGUGUGCAGCAGUUUAAGGAAGAAGUGGAAAGAGGGGAUACUGGAUUUUGUCUUCCAUACCGAAUGGAUGUUGAAAAGGGCAAAAUCGAAGACACUGGCUGCAGUGGAGGAUCCUAUUCCAUCAAGACCCAAUUCAACUCUGAGGAGCAGUGGACCAAGGCCCUGAAGUUUAUGCUGACAAAUCUGAAGUGGGGGCUUGCAUGGGUUUCCUCACAGUUCUACAACAAGUGACCCAAGGGGAAUGUUGCUUGGACUGCAUCACAUAUGUUGUAAUGAUCUGCUAGCUGGAGAGCCGAGAAGGCAUUCCUAUAGUAACUGUAUCUUAUGCUAACCCUGUCAUUGCCUGGGGCUGGCUCUUCCAGUUCCACAGGAUGCUAAAGCAGCCUUUAACCUUUUAAAUAUUGCACUGAUGUCAGCUUGGUAUGGUGACCAUUUUAUGUCAAACAAUGGUUUUUCCACA